UAUUUUAUUCAACUGGAAAUUUCGGUGGUUCAACAAAAAUAUUUACAUGUGAUCGUUGCUGUCAGUGAUAAUUAAAUAAUAAAAAAUGUCUUCAGACGAAGAAAAUGAUGAAAUUCAAGAUCUCGAGAAGAUUAGAGAUAAAAUUUUAACAAUGCAUCAAAGUGAAAGAAUGCAAGUAAGCGCCUGGGAUGAUGACAACACUGGAGUUGAAUCCCAGCGAAAUCCUGAAGAUCCUGACUCCAGAGCAAUUCUGAAGGCUGCAGAAAAAGGCAACAGUGAACGAGUAGCAAAACUUUUAGAAAAAAAUCCAACGUUGGUCCAUGCCACUGAUAAGGAUGGCUACACUCCACUUCACAGAGCCUGCUACGGAAACCACACGUCCAUUAUUGAGUAUUUGCUGUUGAAAGGAGCUAAGAUUGACGCUAAAACUAUUGACGGAUGGGAGCCUUUGCACUCAGCAUGCCACUGGAACAACGUCGAGAGUAUUGCAAUUCUGGUUGCUAACGGAGCCAAUAUAAAUGCUGUGAGCAAUGGUGGCCAGACUCCACUGCACCUGGUCUGUGCCAGUUCCCACAAUUCUCCAGCUCUUCAGCUUUUGCUUCUCCAUCCAGACACCAAACCCGAGUUAGUUAAUUCCAGUGGUGAUACGCCGCAAAUGAUAGCAACUAGAACAGGAAAAUACUAUCCGAUGUUUGAAAUAAUUGAACCAUGUUUACGUGAAAUUUAAUAUAAAUUUUAAUAAUUAUAUUUUUUAUACAUUAUAAGGCCUUGUUUAUAAAGAAUACAUACUCAUUUUUAAGUUACUUGUUCAUCGUUACUUUGGUUUAACGUAUUGUCGUAAUAAUGCAAUAUGAAAAAUAUUAUAAAUGAUAAGUUUCAUAAAAGUAGAGUAUAAAAAUACAUAUUUCAAAUAUAUAAAUAUAAACAUAAUACUACAAUACAUCAUAACAUAUGUAUAUAAUAUAUAAUUCAUUAAUAUUAUGGCAAUUUCGAGUGAAUGAUAAUUAUUUUCAGUAUAUCACAUUUUCCAUUAAAUCUAAAUAUUUUAGCACUCAAAAAAUUUACAAUUGAGUAAUUUAAUAAUUAAUUAGAGCCUCUGAUUGCUGGACAAUAAUCGUGGCUGGUUAUCAGCUCUGGUAAUUUAAAGCGAAGUUAAAUUUACAAAUUUCGGCGUGCCGCUGUUUAGUCGUCUUAGGCCUUCCCAUAUUAAAACUGUUGAAUUUUCAGUCGCUGCAUAAAGAUGAUGUUGAUCGUAUGCCCAUGCUAUUGCUAUGAUAGCCCCGCAAUCUGUUCCGCCGUUUACUAUUUCGCGAAUUAGCCUCAAGUCCCAGCUGCUCCACAAUCUGAUAAAUAAAUGAAUAAUUAAUUUUUAUUAAUAUGUAUACAUAAAAUACUCUGAUAUUUUAUAACAAAAUUAUUACCGAAUCACUCCAUUAUCAAGUCCAGUGGCUAUUACGUUUACAGAAACACCUUCUGGUGCAUUGCUGUAACACAAUGCAGUGAUCCUCCUUCUAGACAAAACUGAACCGACAGAUUUAGCAUUUAUUGUAAAUACUUUUAGCUGAGACUGAUGGUCAAAAUUAUUUUCAUUGGCUGAAGAUGUUGGUGACGUGAAUUGUCUUUUCGGCGCCACUAGUUGACAAACAACAGCGAUAUCUCCAAGAGUAUCACUUAUAGAAAUAUUAUUUAUCGUAUAUAUGUCAUGGCAUACUAUAGAUCUCACAUAUGACAAACUGUAAAUAAAUUUAAAUUAAAACU